UACCAUUGACGACCAGUGCUACAGCUGACUUCGGUGUGUCAACAUCUACCUGAGCGAGUUUCUCUCUCGAACCAAAACACACGCGCUUCAUCGAUUUCGAAGCAGUGAACUUACACCGUGUUCGAUAAUUUCCUUGAAAUUCUAUUGCCGUUAAGUUAAAAUUGGCAAUAACUAUAAACGAAAAAUCAAACGAUAAUUUGAUUUUAAAUAAUUUAAUUGCGGGUGAUAAUUUGAUUUUUAAAAUUUUAUUCCCUCACCAUUUUAUUAUUCAUUAAAUUAAAAGUUUUUCAAGUUACCGUUUUUUUCUCCUUCCUUUCACGGUACGGAUUUGUUUUAUUUUGAGCUACUUCCAUUAAAGGAUUAAAUAGUGCACAAAUGGAUUAAUUUAGUGAUUUUCCCGAAACUUGUGAAAACUGUGCAACGAGUGUUCUAAAGAAUGCAACAAACUCUUCAGCAGAUGAGAACGUUUCGUAUUCUCUGCCGGCGGCGGGUCUCGAACCUGUGACUAGUGUGCGAUGCCGAAGAAUGUCCGGAUGCAGCUUGACAGAGAUGCAACAAACUUCGUCCGGAUUUUAUGGUGACUUAGAGGAAUACUUGGGGGAGGUGGAGAAGAGGGCGGCCCAGUGUGGGGCCGACGUUGAGGAAGGGGAUGUUUACACGCAGUUGGCCCAGCGAGAGAAAGAUCUCGUACUGGCCGCUGAACUGGGGAAAGCCCUGCUCGAGAAAAAUGAAGAAAUCAGCCGAGCAAAUGAAAGGUUGGCAGAGGAAUAUUCACAGAAACUGGAGUUGUUGGAGCAAGAGAAACAUGGCCUACGGAGGAAGCUGGACGUCUUGGAGAGCGAGUACGAGAGUCGAGUGGCCGAAUUGCAGACAGACCUCAAGCAGAUGCAGAAAGAUAUUGCUCUGCAGCACACAACACACAGGACACACGAGAAAGAGAAGGGACAACUGCUGGAAGAGCUCACAGAACAGAACCACCGACUGACGGCCGAACUCAAACAGUCUGCUAAAACAGAAGAUCAACUGCAGAGUCAACUGCAAACUUUAAGAGAACAAUUUAACGUUCGUCGAUCAAAUCUUCAUGAUCAUGUCUCACAGCUGGAAGGGCUGAGGGAGGAGAUAAAUUUGCUUUCCGAGAGAAAAAGUGAACUGGAGAAGCGUAUCUCUGCACUGAAUGACGAAAGGGAGGGAUUGAAUGUCUCCCUGGAAGAAUCUUCAGACAGAAUACUCCUCCUGGAGAAGAGAAACAGGGAACAGGAACAACAGUUGAGGCUUCAGCAGCGAGACAUCGACGAGCUUCGUCAGACCAACACUCACCUGCAGAGUAAGCUGGAUGUCGUGAUGCGAAGAUGUGUCACUCCGUCGGUGGUCGGCGGGGGUGACCAACCCUCCCUCUUCAACGAAAUGGAAAUGUCAUCCCAAUCAUCGGUGGAAGAUGAAUUCAGAUCUCCCAGCCAGUGUGAAGGAUCGAAAAUUCCUUCUCAUCCUAGUUCCUCAAUCGGUUUCCAUGGAGAUUUCCUAGAAGACGAUAUUGAAUGCGACGAUUGUGCCAUGGACACUGAAGAUACCUGGAAGUUCCGAGAAGAGUUGGUCCCCAUCUACAGGAUGCUGCGUCGCCUGUGUGAGGACCUGCGACGACGUCGAGAGAACUACAGUUCUGCCGACAGCGGCAUCUCUACUCACUCACCAGAAGAAAUCCAGGCAUCUGAGAUUCGACUCGGUGCUCUCACAUCUAUCACGAAAGAACUCAGGAAUCUCAUCGAGGAAGCCAUCUUCUGUCACGAUGACGAUAUGUGUCUUUCUUGUCAAAGUCUUGCAGAAGACAGAGAAUCAUUGGAAAAAGUUCAGAAAGAGUUGCUCGAAAAGAAUGAAGAAGUCAAACGAAAAACUGAAGAAAUCUCCAAGCUGAUUGCCAAAGUGACACUUCAAGAAGCAGAAUUAUCUGCUUUGAAAGAAACAAGAGAUCAGCUAAGGACAGACAUGGACAACAGUUCUUUGGCUAAAGAUCAAGUGGUCAAGAAAGCGUGGGAGGUCCGAGAUCAAGCCGUUGCAAGAAAAAAUGCUGUUGAGAUAGAACUCGCGAGGACGAGGAUCGAUGUGAUGCAUAUCAACAGUCAACUGAUGGAAGCUGUUCAACAGAAAGUCGAAAUUUCACAACAGUUGGAACAGUGGAAGAUGGACAUGGAGGUUCUUUUGGACAAUCAAGUGAUGAAGAAACUCAAAACCCAAGAGCAAGAGGACAAAAGACAGAAAACAUCCCCGGAUGUCGUCCAGCCACAACCCCCUAAAAGACCAGCCAGGGGAAAAUUGUUUGGUUUAUGGAGAAACUGAGAUUUAACUAUAUUGUUAUUUAACCAAAAAGGGUCCCUCUGAAAACUCAUCACAACGAAUGAUACUGUGAUUCAUUUUUAGUUGUGAAUUGUGAAAAGUAUUUCCAUUCGACAUUUAUCGGCCUUUUAUGGUAAACGAAAAUAACAAUUCCUUACGACUUUCCUACUGAUAGUCUGAUUUGUGAUUUUCGAUUGAUAACCAUUAUGACUACGAAGAGUUUUUAUGGUUUUCGGUUGAUCAUUUCAACUGACAGUUUCGUAAGUGGGUAGUCACGGUUUUGACUGAGUUUUCAUGAUUUUUAGUGGAUUGUCGUUUCAGGGAGCUUUAGUGUUGGGUUGAUAGUCAUAAUUUCGUUUGAUAGUUGUUACGAUUUUUGUUUAUAGUCAUAAUUUUAAUUUUCGAUGGAUAGUCAUGGUUUUGACUGAUAAUUCUUAUGAAACGCACUGAUGUCUUCAAGAAAUUCAUAACUUUCAAAUUAAGAAUCUCUCUAACAAAAAUGAUUAAAUAUUAAUUCUUAAAAA